AGACAAAAGCCAGAGUACAAGGAUUGUCUGUGGGAUUUUGCUGACAUGCUGUAUUGUUUGGAUGCAAGGCAGACCCACGGUAUGAGACUCAAGAGGGAAAAUUACUAAAAGAUGACCUUCAAACAAGCAACUGGUGAAAGAGCACCGACAACCAUCAUGCCCCCAACCCAGAAGCCCUCCUUUGGUAGUAGCACCCUGGUCACCGUGGAUAUUGUGGUCCUGGUUGUCUACUUCCUGCUGAUUCUGGCUGUGGGUUUCUGGUCCAUGUGGAGAACGAAGCGCAGCACAGUGGAUGGAUACUUCUUAGCUGGCAAGAGUAUGACAUGGUGGCCCGUUGGUGCCUCACUGUUUGCCAGUAACAUUGGCAGUGGACAUUUCAUCGGUCUGGCCGGGUCAGGAGCUGCAGCAGGAAUUGGGGCGAUAGCUUACGAAUGGAAUGGAAUAUUUAUGGUGUUGCUGCUCGGAUGGCUCUUCCUGCCCAUUUACAUUUCUUCUGGGGUAACAACCAUGCCAGAAUACUUGCAGAAGCGCUUCGGUGGAAGAAGAACGCAGUUAUUUAUAGCCGUCCUGUCCCUGUUUAUUUACAUCUUUACAAAAAUAUCGGUGGACAUGUAUGCAGGUGCUGUGUUCAUCCAGCUUGCUUUGAAAUGGAAUAUCUACCUGGCCGUGGUGCUGCUGCUCGCGGUGACUGCCCUGUACACCGUAGCAGGCGGUCUUGCUGCAGUCAUCUACACUGACGCAGCUCAAACUGCAAUCAUGCUGGCCGGAGCUCUCACCCUCAUGGGCUUUAGUUUUGUUGAGGUCGGAGGUUGGAAUGCGCUGAUGGAGGGAUAUUUCACCGCCAUUCCCUCGGUCCGUGUCCCCAACUCGACCUGUGGCAUCCCUCGAGAUGACGCCUUUCAUAUAUUCAGAGACCCGGUGAACUCUGACCUGCCCUGGCCUGGUGUCAUCAUCGGCAUGUCCGUCCCCUCCAUGUGGUAUUGGUGUUCUGAUCAGGUGAUUGUGCAGCGCUCUCUGGCUGCAAAGACUUUGACCCACGCUAAGGGGGGGUCUCUUCUGGCUGCAUACCUGAAAGUUCUGCCUUUCUUUGCCAUCAUGCUCCCUGGGUUGAUCAGCAGGAUCCUCUACACAGAUGAAGUGGCGUGUGCAGACCCUGACCUGUGUAAACAGAUUUGUGGGAACUCAGUGGGCUGUUCAGACAUUGCAUAUGCCAAACUGGUUAUGGAGCUUCUCCCUGCAGGACUGCGAGGACUCAUGAUGGCGGUGAUGAUUGCUGCUCUCAUGUCGUCUCUGACCUCCAUCUUCAACAGCUCCAGUACCAUUUUCACCAUGGAUUUAUGGAAGAGCUUCAGAUCUCGUGCUUCUGAAUGGGAGCUCAUGAUUGUGGGGAGGGUGUUUGUGCUUGUCCUGGUGGCGGUGUCAGUGCUCUGGAUUCCUGUCGUCCAGGCCAGUCAGGGUGGCCAGCUCUUCAUCUACAUCCAGUCCAUCAGUACCUACCUGCAGCCCCCUGUAAGCAUCAUCUUCCUCUUGGGCUGCUUCUGGAAGAGGACUAAUGAGCAAGGCGCCUUCUGGGGUCUCGUUAUUGGUCUCACAGUGGGCUGCAUACGCAUGUUGUUGGACUUCAUCUACCCUGCACCACUGUGCUUUGAACAGGACGACAGACCCGGCGUGCUGAAAUACGUCCAUUACCUCUACUUCUCCAUGCUGCUGUCCUUCAUCACCCUGGCUGUGGUGGUUGUAAUCAGCCUGGCUACUGAGGAGCCCAGUCCAGAACAGAUAAGUCGUCUCACUUGGUUCACAAGGUUUGAUCCGGUGAAGCCAAAAGAGCAAGAGAUCCCAGAGGAACACAGACGGACAGAAAGCAGAAAUGGACAAGCCGUCGAUCAAAGGAGAGACUCAGCUUUGUCUGUGUCCAGUCCUCCCAGUCAGUCCAGGUUCAUGUCUGCCAUCUACUGGUUGUGUGGGAUGGAAAGACGAAGUGAAACGGACAGCAACACUGGGGCUCCGCCUGCGCCUGAGCAGAUCAUCUGUACUCUGGAUGAAAAGCCAAGUCUACGGCACCUUGUCAAUGCCAACCUCAUCAUUUGCCUCUCGGUGACAGUCUUCAUCAUCGGUUACUGGGCUUGA